GUUGGUAGCAACGGCUUCUAAAAUGGCUGCUUGUAAUCGUUUUGUUUUUUGUUGUCAAUCGCCAUGUGUUUUGGUUUUGAAUAGGAAUCAAUAGGAAUACACCUGCAGUUGGACUUUCACACGGUGGCAAAUGACGCCAAACUAAAUUGGCUUUAUAAGUGAAGAUGGAUGAGGAGGAACACAAGUUACGUCCACUGAAAUGUGAAUUAUUUGCUCUUAGUCGUCCUGAUGGGUCUGCAAUGCUGAUUCAAGGUGACACCGCAGUUUUAGCAGCGAUGUAUGGCCCAGUCGAAGUCAAAGCACAGAAAAUGUCAAUAGAAAAAGCAUCAGUUGAAGCAGUUUACCGUCCAAAAGUUGGAGUCCCACGCAUCGCUGAUAAGACACGUGAAGAGCUCAUAAGAAACACGUGUGAAAUAUCGUUAAUGGCCACGCUCCACCCACGCACUUCAGUAGUGGUCAUAUUGCAGGAAAUGCAAGAUUCAGGAGGGCUGCUGUCAUGCGCUUUAAACGCAGGUUGUCUGGCGCUGAUCAACUCUGGGAUUAGUAUGAAGUUUCUUAUCGCUGCUGUCAACUGCAUGAUUAAUAAGGAUGAUGCUGUCAUUCUCGAUCCUGAUAACAAACAGCUUAAGGAAAGCAAGGCGACUCUGAUGUUCGUGUUCGACAACGUGCAGAAGAACGUCGUCGCCUGCCACACGUCGGGAAUGUUCUCGCAGACCCAGUUCCACGAGUGUCUGCUCAAGUGCCGGGAAGCCAGCGACAUUGUGUUCGCCUUCUACAGGAACAUAGUGAAUCAGUACGCCAAUGUCGUGUGAACUGGUAGUGUUUUUGCAGGCGACUGAACCUUACAUGUUGGUCGGUCAUCUUCGAUAGCAUUGGACAAUAGGCACUGAACAUAUAUUUUAAAUGUUAAGUGCGAGUUGAUACCACUUUCGUGAGAAGAACUUUAAUGUACAUGUCUGUAAAAUGAUAAUUUUAUACUAUUUAACUUUGAAAUAAAGAGAUAAAUAAAAUUUUUAUUACUUA